AUGACAUCCACCAACCUACACCAUCUAGACCCGUUACAUGACCAAUGCUGGCUCUCACCUACAAAGCCCAAGACGUUAUCUCUAUGCUACAACAUACUGCUGGACGCAAUUGCCACAAAAGCCCCCACUUACGAACAACAAUGGCACGCGGAAUACAUCUCCUCGCCGUCAGGCAACACCUGGUUGCAAUCACUCAAUGCACUCAAAGGUAUCACCAACUGUUACUCACAUCUAGAAGCACACAAGAAGCUGGUUUAUAGGUGGUAUUUAACACCAAGUAAACUGCACAAAAUUUACCCCUCAGUCUCUGAGUGGUGCUGGCG